UCGGUACGUAUAAGAGGAAACUAUUCGAUACUGUUAUUUAUUUUACACAGUUGCCAGCAUAACUGACAUUAUAUUCAUAGAGAGAGAUUAUUGGCAGUUUCAAAACGUGAAGGGUUUGAGAUUUUCACAAUUACAUGAACAACUAAGACAAAAUGGCUCAAGGUCAUGGUUUCCUCAGCAGAGAGCUCCGAAUGGUUUUGAUUGGCAUCACUGGCUCUGGUAAGAGUACGACUGGGAAUUCUAUCCUUGGCAGGGCAUGUUUUCCGACUCAGUGCAGCGCACAAUCCGUGACCACAGUGUGUCAGAAAGGUAGCGGCUCUCGGUUUGACUGUGACCUACACGUCAUCGACACCCCCGGGCUCUUCGACACUGGCCGCUCUGACGCUGACGUCUCUAGGGAGAUCUUGAAAUGCAUCGCCAUCUCUGCACCAGGACCCCACGCCUUCAUCCUGGUCCUCAAGGUCGGGCGCUUUACUGCAGAAGAAAAUGCCACCGUUGAUUAUUUCAAAGAUGUCUUCGGCAAAGAGAUGUUGCGCUACCUGUUUGUUCUGUUCACUGGCAUGGAUGACCUCGAGAAUGAUGGGGUCACCUUGGAUCAGUAUAUCUCAACGGCUCCACAGAAUCUGGCACAGCUGAUUCAAGAAUGCAAUGGGAAGUACGCCGGCAUAAACAACAGAGCGACAGAGCAAGUGAAAGAAUCACAGGUGAACUACCUGAUAAACAUGAUCAAGUCCAACGUGAAGAUUAACAACGGGACCUACUACACAACUGAAAUGCUCGCCGCAGCAGAGAUAGAGAUGCAAAAACGCGAGCAGCAAAUACUGAGAGAGAAAGAGGAAGAAAUACGCAGAGAAAGAGAAGAAGUGGAAAGGAGGUGCAUGAUGAAAGGAGAAGAGAUGGAGAAACGCCUGAAAGAGGAGAAUGACUAUUUGCAGAUUGAGGUGCAAAGGAAAGAAAAGGGAAGUCAGAGAGAAUUGCAGGAAAUGGUUCUGCGGCAAAACGACGAGGCUCUCGAAAUGCAGAAACGACAGCAGGCGCUCAUCGAGAUGCUGGUGAAGCAAGGCGAUGAUAUGAAGGCAGAAAUGGAGAAACGAAAACUCCAAGACGAAGAAGAGAGGAUGAAGAGAAUCAUCGACGAAAAGAAGAAGAAAUUCGAGGAAGAAAGCAAGCUGAAGCUGGAGGAAGAGAUUCGCCGACUUUCUGAGAAGAUGGCGAGAGAUGAAGAGGCGCGCAAGAUACGGGAUGAUGAAUUCAAAGCGUGUCUACAGAGAAUGGAGGAGAAACAUGUCCAGGCAGCCAGGCAACAGGCUAGAGAUGAAGCAGAAAGCGGGCUUCCACAAUUCCUUAAAUCGAUAUGGGGAUGUGUGAAAUCCUACAUACCAUUUUUAAAGUAUUUGAAGUAGUUUGGACGCUUGUAUUUUUGAAAUCUUAACGAACAUGAUCAGUUUCUACAGAACUUGCAUAACCAGCUAUUGUGCUUAAAAUCAAUGGCUUCAUCCAGUGAUCUACUUUGAAAGCAAUGUAACUAUACUAUUCACCAAGUUUAAAAUCCAUGGAACAAAUAUAUGUUGCCUAUUCGUUUCUUAAACGUAGGUUUUUAAGCACUGUAAAUACAUGUAGUUGCAUGUGUUUUAAGACAAAAUACUAAUGCUGUUCAUACUACCUGUACUACUAUUAAUAUUACUACUAAAAUGAUAAUACAACUGUUGUUACUACCUGUACUAUUAAUAUUACUACUAAAAUGAUAAUACAACUGUUGUUACUACCUGCACUAUUAAUAUUACUACUAAAAUGAUAAUACAACUGUUGUUACUAUCUGUACUAUUAAUAUUACUGCUAAAAUGAUAAUACAACUGUUGUUACUAUCUGUACUAUUAAUAUUACUACUAAAAUGAUAAUUCAAGUGUUGUUACUAUUGGAACAACUAUUAAUAUUACUACUAAAAUGAUAAUACAGCCGUUGUUACUACCUGUACUGCUAUUAAUAUUACUACUAAAAUGAUAAUACAGCUAUUGAUACUACCUGUCCUACUAUUACAAUUACUAAUAAAGUUCACUUUAAGCUUUGUGGACUUUACGAGUCUUGUUUUAGAAUAUCAGCAUGGUAAUGAUUUAAGGCUCGCCAACUUUAAACAUUACCCUAAAACACUCUGGGGCAAUAAAGAUUUUUAAAACCCGUUUUAAAUUCCUGGUAAUAAUAUAAAUUUCUGUUCUGUUCUUUAUUUGGCAUGAUAAUAAUCGUACGAUUAUAAAUACUACUACUAUUACUAAUAAAAUUAUAAUGAUAAUAAUAUAACUGUUGUUACUUCAUGUACUAUUAAGUUAUUAAUACAAUUGUGUAAGAAUUCCUACAAGUAAUAGAAUCAAUAAUAUAAUGUUCUGUUCCUUGCUAGACAAGGUAAUAAUCAUAAUAUUAUGAUUGUUAAAAUCAUUUAAAUGAGACACUAGUUAUUUAUUUUAAAAGGCAGUAGAUGUACAUUUUCUGGUUGGUUAAUUAGUAAUGAUGGGUACUGCCAAAAUUUUCGUAUUGAGAUAUAUUGCGAUACAGGAACCUGAAUUGUGAUACGUGCCACGAUAUAUUGCGAAGACCAAUUCUCAAUUAUUAGAAUUUAUAAAGUUCUCUAAUUUUAUGUACAUUUUCUAUAAUUUGAUAAAAUGAUCACCAGUCAAUAAAGAUUCAUUCCGAACAA